AUGGCACAUGCAGAUUCAAGCUUAUUUGUCAAAAUAAAGGAAGCAAAGAUCGCAAUUGUACUGGUAUAUAUCGAUGAUCUCAUUAUCAUUGAAGAUGAUGAUGUAGAAAUUUGUCAAACAAAAGAGAACCUAUCAGUACGCUUUCAAGUGAAGGAGCUUGGAGAAUUGAAACAUUUCCUCGGAUUUGAAGUUGACCAAACUAAGGAAGGUUUAUUUCUCUGUCAACAAAAGUAUGCUAAAGAUUUGCUGCAAAGAUUUGGAAUGCUCGAGUGCAAGCCGAUCUCAACACCUAUGGAAGCUAAUGUUAAGCUAUGUGCUCAUGCUGGAAAGGACUUGCAAGAUGGAGCAAUGUAUCGACAACUGGUGGGGAGUCUAAUCUACCUUACAUUGACUCGACUAGACAUUUCUUAUGUAGUUGGAGUAGUAAGUCGAUAUAUGCAACAACCAAAGAAGCCACAUUUGGAAGUAGUACGACGAAUACUGAGGUAUGUCAAAGAUACCAUUAACUAUGGUCUCUUCUAUAAGAAAGGUGAUGAGGUUAAGAUCGUCGGCUAUUGCGAUGCUGAUUAUGCUGGAGAUCAUGAUACCCGAAAAUCAACUACUGGGUAUGUAUUCAAACUUGGAUCUGGAGUAGUGUCUUGGUGUAGCAAAAGGCAACCAACAGUGUCUUUGUCAACCACAGAAGCAGGGUAUAGAGCAGCAGCAAUGGCGGCUCAGGAGAGUACGUGGUUGAUCCAACUAAUGAAAGAUUUACACCAAUCCAUAAAUUUUGCAGUGCCACUUUAUUGUGAUAAUCAGUAUGAUAUCCAUCUAGCAGAGAAUCUAGUAUUUCAUGCUCGAACAAAACAUGUGGAGGUGCAUUACCAUUUUCUCAGAGAGAAAGUACUUCAGGAAGAAUUAGAGGUGCGCCAAGUGAAGAGCAAAGAUCAAGUAGCAGACUUAUUCACUAAAGAACUUAGCACAGCGAGAUUUCGAAAGCUGAGAGACCAACUCAUUAUGAAGAGUUGGUGUUGA